AUGAGGUUCUCUCUGCUGUCGCUGGCGACGCUGGUCACGGCCGCCGUGGCGGACCUGGACCCUAUUGUGAUCAAGGGAUCCAAGUUCUUCUAUUCCAGCAACAACACUCAAUUCUACCUCCGUGGUGUCGCGUAUCAACAGGAUACUAGUGACAGCACCAGCUACAAGGAUCCCCUGGCCGAUGCCACCGCUUGCAAGCGUGAUAUCCCUAUUCUCCAGGAGCUGCGCACCAACGUCAUCCGUACCUACUCCAUCAAUGCCAGUGCCGACCACUCCGAGUGUAUGAAGCUGCUCUCCGAGGCAGGCAUCUACCUGAUCUCCGAUCUCUCGGACCCAACUCAGUCCAUUGACCGUAGCGACCCCAACUGGAUGACCGACCUGUACUCUCGCUACACCAGUGUCAUCGACGAGCUCUCCCAGUACAACAACACCAUCGGUUUCUUCGCCGGUAAUGAGGUCGCCAACACCAUUGCCACUACUGACUCUGCCGCCUUUGUUAAGGCUGCCGUUCGUGAUAUGAAGUCCUACAUCAAGGAGAAGGGAUACCGGUCCAUGGGUGUUGGAUACGCCACUGCUGAUGUCUCGUCUAUCCGUGUGGACCUGGCCAACUACUUUGACUGCGCUAGCGACGACGAGUCCGUGGACUUCUGGGGCUACAACAUCUACUCCUGGUGCGGUAACUCGACCUAUGCCGAGUCUGGAUACAAGGACCGUACUGAGCAGUUCCGCAACUACACCGUCCCCGUCUUCUUUGCUGAGUAUGGCUGUAACGAGGUCACUCCUCGCACUUUCACCGAGGUCAAGGCUCUGUACGGUGAUACCAUGGCUGAGGUCUGGUCUGGUGGUAUCGUCUACAUGUACUUCCAGGAGACUAACAACUACGGUCUGGUUUCCGUCGUCGACACCACUAGCGUGAGCACCAUGGCCGACUUCAAGUACUAUUCCAGCGAGAUCGCCAGCGUCGACCCCACCGGUACCAACAAGGCUUCUUACACCCCGACCAACACCGUUCUCCAGAGCUGCCCGACUGUGGGAAGUGGCUGGCAAGCCAAGUCCUCGCCACUGCCCCCGACUCCGGACGCCAACCUCUGCGACUGCAUUUACGAAGAGUCCGCCUGUGUCGCCAAGAGCAGCCUCUCGGACACCAAGAUGGGCACACUCCUGAGCACUGUCUGCGGCUACACUGACUGCAGCGGUGUCAGCGCCAACGCGACCACCGGCGAGUACGGUGCGUACAGCAUGUGCGAGAUCAAGUACAAGCUCGCCUUCGCCCUGAACAAGUACUACAAGGAGCAGGACAAGGACUCCAGUGCCUGUGAUUUCUCCAGCUCUGCCUCUACCAAGGCCACCACUGCCGCAACCGGUACUUGCUCGGCUCAGAUCAAGGAGGCCGGCACUGCUGGCACUGGCACCGUUACCACCGAGGCCACCGCUACUGCCGACUCGUCCUCGAGCUCGUCCACCUCCUCCAGCGCUGGUAUUGCUGUCAACGUCCACUCCAGCGUGACCGUUGGCUACUUCCAGAUCGGUGCCUACGCUGCCACUGCCCUGCUGACUGGUCUGGGCAUGAUCCUUCUGUAA